CCCCACUCGUACUGCGCGCCCGUCGAGAGCCAUUUGGCCGCUCUGGCCAUGAAUAUCAAGCACAAGAAAAUGCCCCGCAGUAUAGCCGGCGGCGAGUAUGACAACUAUGGGCUGAGCGGUGGGGGUGGAGGUGGAGGCAGUGGUUUUGGUGGCACCGUAUGCGGCGAUCAACUGUCCAUCGCUAAGAGCGCCGGUACGGGCGGCGGCGGGAGUGGAGGCACUCAUAUCGGCGGCAAUCAGUCGGAGUUCGAGUGCUUUCAGGUGCAUAUGUUGGGCGGCGGGUCGGGCGCCGAGUGUCACCCGUUUUUCAAGGACCCCGCGGGCAGGUAUAUAGUGUUGUAUACGUUUAUAGCACGCGAUGAAAACGACGUGUCCGUCGAGAGGGGAGAGUUUGUGACCGUUUUGAAUCGGGACGACCCCGACUGGUAUUGGGUGGUCCGCUGCGAUGGCCAGGAGGGCUUCAUACCAUCCGGUUUUGUGUGUCCGGCCGAUAUGAUACAUGGUUUGUGUGAUUCAUAUCUGUUAUAUCAUGAUUAUUGUCACUCAAACGGUCAGUCCAACACAAAUACGGGCAAUAAUAAUAACGUCGGUCACCACAACACCACUGCACACAUCGGUAUCGUUGGCAAUGGAAGUGGCGGUGGAGGCGGAGGUUUAGUAACCGGAAUGGGAUCGGGAAGUGUUGGACCCGUUAUGAACGGUUCGACAACGAGCGGCACAGGCGGUGGAGGAGGAGGUCAGGCACCCGCUGGCGACCAAUCGGAGCCGCGAUUUCACGGCACAGAACUAGUGAUGCUCUACGACUAUAAGGCACAGGCAUCGGACGAUCUGUCCGUACGGCGCGGCGAUUGGGUUUACGCCGACCUCAACGUCCAGAACGUGGACGGAUGGCUCUGGGCUUUCGCGCCCAAACACCGCAAGUAUGGUUUCAUACCCAAGGCCUACGCCCGGCCCCCAGCCAUGACCNUCUCUCUCUCUCUCUCUCUCUCUCUCAGUCUCCCUCUUUCUCACUGUCUGUCUGCCUGUCUAUCACUUCGCAAUACAACCCUUUAUUUCUUGAUGUCAUUCACAAAACAGACAAAUCAAGUGUUAGAAUAA